AUGUCUUCAAAAUCUUUGUCACCUACAGAACCUACAUGGACCACAACGCUCGGGAAGGCACUUGCACCUCGUUCGGUGUGGCCAGAUAAAGACGAAUUGCUGGAUGUGGUUUACUGGGGAAAACAGGUUCUUUCCCUCCUCAUUGGUUUUGUCUUCGGAAUCACCCCAAUGACUGGCCUUCUUGGCAUUAUCUCCUACGUCGUCAUUUCAUCUGUCGUCGCUCAACACUACGUCACGAAGUUCCAGAAAGUCGACGAAGAAGAAGUUGGAGGAUUCUGGGAGCUCUCAAAAGAAGGAUUCGGAGCUGCUUUCGCUACAUACAUGGUGACCUGGAUCACAGUAUACACGUAUAUAAUGCAAAACUGA